GAGGAACCAUGACGUCGUUUCCGGUAUCACGCCCGACAAUACAACAACAAACCUGCCAAGCUACGGAUCGUGGACGUGAAGACCAAGAAACCACAUUUGGUGGUUGUAUUGCAUUUUAACUCUAAAUGCAAAGCAACCGCACGACAAAAGAUCUUUUUGGUCAGACCCGCAACAAGUUUGAAAGGCAAUGAGAGCAGUGUUUUGCCCCGCUCCUGAUCUACCUACCUGGCCUCCCAGCCAUCAUUGACACAGGUUAGAUUGGUGCCAUGAGGUAAGAAUGAUGACACUAAAGUGGUGAAUCGUCGACCGCAGAUAAUUCCGAGCCCUGACCUCCAACCACCCACCCAUUGUAGUAAUAUGAGCAAUGGACUCGGGGACAGUUGACAGUCCUGUCACCUUGGUCAUCAAGGCGCCCAACCAAAAGUACAAUGACCAGACCAUCAACUGCUUCCUCAAUUGGACUGUGGAGAAGCUGAAGAGCCAUAUCUCCAUUGUGUACCCUAGCAAGCCGUUUUCCAAGGACCAGAGGCUUGUCUACUCAGGCAAACUGCUCCAGGACCACCUGCAGCUCAAAGAUGUGCUCAGAAAGCAGGACGAGUAUCACAUGAUGCACCUGGUGUGUGCCUCCCGCAGCCCCCCAGCCUCCCCAACGCCGCCCCGUCCCUCCUCCCCCACUGCCAACGCCAGCUCCAGCAGUAGCAAUUCCGAGGAUGCCGGCUCCGCCUCCUUGGCCGGUUCAGCCAAUCAGGCAGGUCCACCAACUGCCCCUUCCACCUCCGUACCAGGAGGUAGUGAUGGGCUGAGGUAUCGAGGGGGCUUCCCCCAGUCCGGCGCCCAUAUCACCCCCGCUGCUGGUGCCAUGCCUUGGCCACAGGGGACAGCGCUUCCCCCCCAGGCAGGGCUGGGGCCCACCUCCGGCCCCCACACCAUAUACACGCCCAUGCAGGUCCUCUGGUGGCAGCAGAUGUACGCACGGCAGUACUACAUGCAGUAUCAGGCAGCGGUGGCGGCCGCCCAGCCCACUACUUCCGCCGCUCCCCUGGCGCCCCCUGGCCCCGCCCCCUCGCCACCGCAAAUGCAGCCGGCCCCGCCCAACGAGCGCAUGCCGGCGGCGCUGGGGCCCAACGCGGCGGCCCCCAACCCUCUGCCCGAGAACCCGCCGGCCAACGCCAACAUCCAGAUGAACGCGCAGGGCGGGGCCGUGCUGAACGACGACGAGCUGAACCGCGAUUGGCUGGACCGGCUGUACGGCGUGUCGCGGGCCGGCGUGCUGCUCGGCAUCGUCUACUUCUACUCCUCCUUCAGCCGCUUCGUCAUGGUGCUCGGAGCCAUGUUGCUGGUCUACCUGCACCAGGCCGGCUGGUUCCCAUUCAGGGCCGAGCAGCAGCAGGACCCCGGGGCUGGACACCGGGACGCAGCUCCGAGGGGGGAGGCGGAACGGCACCGGGACCUCCAGGAGAUGGAGCGACUGAUGGAUGAGGGCAUGGAGGACAAUGACGGUGAGGAGGAGGAAGGUGGAGGAGCAGGAGAAGGCGAUGAGGAGCAGAGCCAGGCCCAGGCCGCCGUCCAGCAGCCAGGCUUCCUCACCUCCGCCUGGUCCUUCAUCAGCACCUUCUUCACCUCCCUCGUCCCAGAGGGACAGCCCCAGCCUGUCAACUAAUGAUCAAGUCGUCCCCCACUCCCACCACAGACACUACCUUAAUGUCCACCGCCGUAGCACGACCCCUCCAGCCACCCGACCAACGCCACACCCCAGAGGCCGUGCCACCCAGGUUCACAGGGUACACUCUCCAUGGGAUAUGACUCUCCAGGAUGGUCUAGUCAGAACAGCCGGAUUUCGACAUGAAAUUCUGAAACAAUGAAUUUAGAUGGAGGGAAAUCUCUCUAGCUCAUACACACAUACACACACACACGUAUGACCUUGGUUCUAAACACCAACAGGAUAUUGAAUGAACAAUUCCUUAUUAACUUCAAUCACCCUGCUGGCAUUUAUAACAAAUAUGACCGCCAGGUGAUCAGGGCCAAUAAUAGCCCAUUUAGCAAAAACAGCCUGUUAAACAAAACGAUAAAUCAACUGACAUUUUAGAAAGAACAACAUUAAAACAUCUAAAACGGCAAGUGAAUGGUACUUAUAUUUGAGAUUUUCUUUCAUUAAUUAUGUGAUCGUACGUAGAAGGGACUUCUAUUGUGAAAAAUUCAUAAAGGCUGCCGUAAUUCAGACACUUGGGAGAUUUCUGUUGGAAAUUGCUGGACGACUAAAGAAAACAUUUUUGUUUUUCAUGUUCAAUUGUAUUUUUAUGACAAUUGGAUAAGAUGAUUGAUUUUCAGUAAUGCAAUGCCGUCGUUUUGCCCCUCCAUAUGAAUUUACAUAAAUAUAUGAAGUUUAUGCAUCGUUAUUAAGCCCUCAAUAAUUGCUCUUUUUAAAUAAAUGCCUAGUUGCAGUUUGA